AUGCAUAUAUUGGUAAGUUACCCUGCCCUUUUUCUGUAUCACCGUGCGCAAUACCCAUUGGCGCAUGGAGAUUGGCGAGUCCCCAAAAGAAACGAAACACAAUACUCAUGUGAUCCCUUUUCUCAGGUUGUCAAUGACGACGGUCCGCCCUCGCGGCGCCUGUCUCCAUACAUCCGCCCAUUCGUCGAUGCCCUCCAGGCCGCCGGCCAUCAAGUCUCCGUCGCAAUCCCAGCGAGAUCUCGGUCUUGGAUCGGCAAAGCACACAUCAUCGAAGCCGCGCUAGAAGCGACCUAUGUGCCCCCAGACGCCUUCCAGGAAGACGGAACAUGGGACGAGGCGUACGAGACCCCCGACGAGGACGAGUCGAAACUCGAAUGGGUCGUCAUCACCAAUGGUACACCCGCCAGCUGCACCCAACUAGGCCUAUUCAACCUUUUCGCCGACCGAGGCCCCAUCGACCUUGUGAUCUCGGGCCCUAACCACGGCCGCAACGCUUCAACGAUCUACAACCUCUCUUCAGGGACCGUCGGCGGCGCCCUGGAAGCCGCUAUCUGCGGGAAGCGCGGUAUUGCCAUCUCCUUCGGCAGCAAGGACGAGCAGCCAAUCGAGGUCAUCCGCGCCGCGGCCCGGCUUGCCGUGCGCGUCGUCAACCACCUGUACCAGAACUGGGACGAGCGUGUCGAGCUGUACAAUCUGAACGUGCCGAUGCGCGCGGACGUGGAAACCAGACCAGUCCUCUAUACUCGAACUCUACCCUACUACUGGCCGAAAGGCUGUCUGUACGCCGAAGUGACCCAGGCCAACGGUCAUUCCGCGCCGGGCUUGACGAACGGAAACUCGAACCACUCAGACGAAACUGACGCGAAACUGUGUAAUGGCACGACUACAAAAGCCGUGAAUGGGUUCGGUGGCUCACACCUCAAGAAACGUAAUUUCGCCUGGUCGGCGGAAUUGUCUGAGAUGAAGAAAGCUCUGCAGGCAAGCGAGAAGGGGACUGAUGCGCAUACAGUUCUGAAUGGAAGUACUAGGUUAGCAUCCUCGAUCAUCUUCCGUCCACGGGACGGUACAUCUCGUCUGCAGGAAGCUGACUGUCCAAUACAGCGUUACUCCCCUUACCGCAAACUUCUCGCAUGUUUCUGGUCUGGAUGGACCCUUGGAGCUUGA